UCGUUUGCUAACUACUGUACAGUAAGUAGCGCGGAACGAGAGCAUUUCUUUUUAAGCUGUUGUGUGUUGUUGGGAAGAACAGCAGCAGGCGAAUCCGAGGUCAAAUUGGGCCAAUUUUAUCCUGAAGGCGUAGUUGGCUAACGUUUGUUCACUGGCUGAUUUGAUAAGUUUGCAAGCUAACUUAAUUGUUUCUGGUCACAGAAGAAGCAGACGUUGGGACAAAUCCCUGCGGAGACCAUGGCAGACGACUUUGAUGUUGAGGCUAUGCUAGAGGCUCCAUACAGAAAGGACAAAAAGAGCUUCAUCUUAGAACAUCCUAUCACCUGUUUGGUUGCAACAAGGGCGAGAUGUGUGACAGAGGUGGCAUCGAACUCUUACAGUCCAAGAAGGAAAAUGGGUGAAGAUCACUGGACUGACAUCAACCACAGGAUCUCUUUUAGCGGCUGUGGGCCAAGCAUGGUCUCAGUGGGCUUAGGAACAGAUAGUGGUACUGGAUGAGAUAAAGUCCUCUAGUGCUAAUGGACAGGAAGAGCGCAGUAAUAAGAAGAAAAAGAGGAGCCACAGUAGGAGUAGUCGGAGCCUGAGCUCUGACAAACGCAGAAGCAAGAGCAAAGAUGGGAAGAAGAGCCGGGAUCGGAAAAGGAGAAAGAGUCCGGAGAAGAAACAGAGCCGCAGUAAAGAGCGCCGGCGCAGUGGUUCCCAUAGCAGGGAAUAUGCUGAACGCUACAGAGGAAACCGGAGCCCCUUUUGGAAAUGCUCAAGAAGUCGUAGCCCCUUCAAGAAAGACAAGAGUCCAGUAAGGAAACCAAUUGACAACCUGACCCCAGAGGAGAGGGAUGCCCGCACUGUUUUUUGUAUGCAGCUGGCAGCCAGAAUCAAACCACGAGACCUAGAGGACUUCUUCUCAGCUGUGGGGAAAGUGAGAGACGUGAGAAUGAUCUCUGACAGAAACUCCAGGAGGUCAAAGGGCAUUGCCUACAUUGAGUUUCUGGAAGUGAAUUCAGUCCCGCUGGCUAUUGGCUUGACUGGUCAGAGACUUCUAGGAGUGCCCAUCAUCGUACAGGCCCCUCAGGCUGAGAAGAACAGAGCUGCAGCAAUGGCCAACAACCUUCAGAAGGGUAAUGCUGGCCCUAUGCGGCUGUAUGUGGGCUCUCUGCACUUCAACAUCACAGAGGACAUGCUGCGAGGUGUCUUCGAGCCUUUCGGAAGGAUUGAGAGCAUACAACUGAUGAAUGACAGUGAAACUGGACGAUCCAAAGGAUAUGGUUUCAUCUCAUUUGCAGAUGCAGAGUGCGCUAAGAAGGCCCUGGAGCAGCUGAAUGGCUUUGAGCUGGCCGGACGGCCCAUGAAGGUUGGUCAUGUGACGGAACGCACCGACCCCUCCACCGCCAGCUCCUUCCUGGACAACGACGAGCUGGAGAGGACAGGCAUCGACCUGGGCACCACCGGGCGCCUGCAGCUCAUGGCCCGGCUGGCAGAGGGUACUGGUCUUCAGAUCCCCCCGGCUGCACAGCAGGCUCUACAGAUGAGUGGUUCCAUCCACUCGACUCCAAUCCACUUCGUCAACAUGGCAGCUGGUACAGACAUACAAGCCAGCCUGAACCCACCCCCUGAAGCUCCUGCCACCCCUUCACUGAACCUGGCUCCAAGCAGGAACCAGGCCAUGAACCUCUCAACGCAGCCACUGGCUACUCACUGCCUACAGCUGUCCAACAUGUUCAACCCACAGUUGGAAAAUGAACCCGGCUGGGAUGUCGAGAUUCAAGAUGACAUCAUUGAGGAGUGCAACAAACACGGUGGAAUUGUCCACAUAUACCUCGACAAGAACUCCCCUCAGGGCAACGUGUACAUAAAAUGCCCCACAAUCCCAACAGCAAUGGCUGCAGUGAAUGCGCUACAUGGGCGGUGGUUUGCAGGUAAAAUGAUCACUGCAAUGUACGUACCUUUCCCGACCUACCAUAACCUUUUCCCUGAUUCGUUAACGGCAGCCCAGUUAUUGAUGCCUGUGCGGCAAUGAUUCUGCCACGCAUGGAGUAGAUGUCACAAUGCCUGUUGGCUUCAAUAAUGUAAACUUUUGCCAAUAUGUUGGGAUCUUAUUGAACGCAGUAGAAAAUUACUGUACCAGUUCCACCCUAUCUUCAUCACACAAUGUUUUCUUGUUCAGUCUGACAGCUAUUAGAGGCUAAGCUUGAGUUCUUCUGUAGCCACACAUUUCUGUAGCUGCACUUGAGCAAAUUGUUGUUUUAACCUGCAUUGUGAAAAGACUACCUUUUGGGGUUUUGGUGGGGGGAGGGGCACGUAGGGUUCGGAGUUGUUUUACAGUGGGAAGUCUGCGUAUAUUUCUGUUGAAACUGACCCCAGAAGAACAACCCAUUUUUGGACAGCCCAACCAAAUUAACCUGUGACUCGAAUUGCAGUUUGCCCUAUGCUGUCAUCCCAUUAGGGCAUUUAUAUUGUAAUUUAGUAAUUCAGCUGUGCUUUAGAAAUUUUCAUUUGCCAUGUACGUUUUUGUCAGUUAAUGUGUUAAAUUAAAAAACGAUGCCUACAAA